GUCCUGUGCAAGUAGCUCAUAUAAAAAUAUAAGACAUAGGAAUGGGAAUACUAACAAUGAGGAUAACUUCUACAGCUUUUGUACUUCUCAUCCAAACAUUUGUCUGUUUGGCUUCAAAUGAUUCCCAAUUUCAACUAAUUAACAGGGCCACUGGUUUUUGUUUGGUAAAAUUAAAUAACCACUGCAAUGACAUUCGCUGGACAUCUGGGGAUCGACUUUUGGUUCAGAAUAAGAACAAGUGCCUGGGUGUUCAGGGAAAAACUGUGGGCAGUGAAGUAAACCUGUAUGAUUGUGAUGAAACCAGUGAGCUCCAAAAGUGGGAAUGCAUGAAUGAAACUGUGAUCGCUCUCAAAGGCCAAGAAUUUUACAUUGACCUCACUGCCGAUAACACAGCUGUGCUCUCAAAUAAAGUUGUGCCCAAUAGCCACCUUACAAUUUCUGGGACUUCCAGCGGUGCUUGCACAAGAACAUAUACAGAACUUUACACCAUUGAAGGAAAUGCAGCUGGGAGGCCGUGCAUGUUUCCUUUCUUUUACAAAAGCAAUUGGUAUUCGGAGUGCACUGCAGUUGACUCUCCAGGGAACCGUAAAUGGUGUGCGGUUGAAACAAAAUAUGAUCAUGAACUCUGGGGUUACUGCCCAACUAACUCCAAAGAAACCUGGAACAAAGACCCUACAACAGGAGCAUCUUAUCAGCUGAACACACAGUCAGCGCUGACCUGGGAUCAGGCUGAUGCCAGCUGCAAACAGCAGAGUGCCUCCCUGCUCAGUAUCAGCAAUCCUCAUGAGCAGGCUUAUAUUUCAGCACUAUUAGGGGCAAAUUGGGGACAGGAGUACAAGCUCUGGGUUGGACUGAGCUUCCAGGAUUUAGAUUAUGUGUGGAAGUGGUCUAAUGGGAAUCCUUAUGCAUAUCUGAAUUGGGAUUCAGGACAUCCAGUUUCUAAUCCAGGAUAUAAGUGUGGAAUUAUUGAUGGCGCUGUUCAGUUUUCUUGGCAAAGUUCAAAAUGUAACAAGAAACUGGGAUACAUCUGCUACAGUGAAGGACCUUUGGAUGCACCUACUGAAGCUCCCGAGAGUGGAUUUUGUACAGCACCCUGGAUCCCCUACAAUGGCCACUGCUUUUACCUUUAUCGUAAUGAAACAAAAAAAUGGUCUGAUGCUCAGAAAGCUUGCGGUAAAGAAGGAGGAGACCUAGUAAGCAUUCGUAAUGUGGAGGACCAAAGCUUCAUCAUCUCUCAACUUGGAUAUGCAUCCACUGAUGAACUCUGGAUUGGACUAAAUGACAGGAAGAGAGAGAGGCUGUUUGUCUGGAGUGAUCAUUCUCCUGUGAGUUACACUAGCUGGGACUCUCAGGAACCAACUGUCACCUCUGAACAAGAAGACUGUGUUCUGAUCAGAGGGGAGAAUGGAAACUGGGCUGACCGUGUGUGUGAUGAGAAACAUGGCUUUAUCUGCAUGAAGACAAGUGACUCUGAACCCUCUGGAGAUGAAGUGGAGCUGAACGCAGGCUGCAAAACUGGUUGGAAAAGACAUGGAUCCUACUGCUACUUUGUAGGGAUUGAGACAAAGACGUUUCAUGAAGCCAACGAUGACUGCAAGAGCUCAAACUCUUAUUUAGCUGAUGUUUCAACUGGGGUGGAUAAUACUUUCCUUGUAAGUUUGGUGGGGCUGAGGCCAGAGAAACACUUCUGGAUAGGUCUCUCAAACCUGAAAAACAGAGAAUAUUUUAUGUGGACCAACAAUGCCUACGCGAGAUAUACUCACUGGAACACUCAUAUGCCAGGUCACGUGCAGGGUUGUGUUGCUAUGGCAACUGGGCAUUCUGCUGGCCUUUGGGAUGUGUUGCCCUGUACCAAUAAGGAAAAAUACAUCUGCAAACACCUGGCAGAGGGGGCAGCUUUAACCCCUGCUCCACCAACCACUGCCACACCUAACUGCACAGAUGGAUGGAUUAAGAUGCAAUCCAGAGGCAUCUGUUAUAAGAUCUUUCCAGAGGCUUCAGAAAAGAGAAAGACCUGGUACGAGGCUAGAGAUUACUGCAGAGCCAUUGGAGGAGACCUAGUCAGCAUUCACAGCAGUGCUGAUUUACUACGGACAUACAAUAACAUCUACAAUCAUUGGCCUAAUCAAUACUGGAUUGGACUUAGUGCUCUUGACCCAGACACAGGUUAUGUAUGGAGUGAUAGAUCCCCGGUAAACUUCCAAGACUGGAAAGAUGGAGAACCAAACAAUAAAAAUAACGCUGAAUUGUGUGUUGAAGUAGAACCCGUGUAUUGGGAUAACAUUUUGCUUUGGAGUGAUGUGCCCUGUGAGAAGUACAAUAACUGGAUUUGUCAGAUCCACGCAGGAGUCACCCCAAAGCCGGCUCCAGACCCUGUCACCCCUGAGUAUAACACGACCUCUGAUGGGUGGCUAGAAUGGAAUGGGGCUCAGUAUUACAUUAAUGAAAAGGCGAUGGCCAUGGAGGACGCUCGUACGUUCUGCAGACAGAGGCAUGGUGACCUGGUAUCUAUCAACAGUGAAGCAGAAAGGAUAUUUUUAUGGAAACAGAUUUCAACAGGUUAUGAGAAUUCUUGGAUUGGCCUAUCUGUAGAUCUUGAUGGAACAUUUCAGUGGAUGGAUGGUUCUCAAGUGGUGUUUCAAAGGUGGGAUGAAAAUCAACCUGAAUUCAAGAACUUUGAUGAAAACUGUGCUGUCAUGACACAUCAUAAUGGAUUCUGGCAUGACUCCAACUGUGGGCUUGAGUAUGCGUCCUUUUGUAAGCGCAGCAGCUCAACUCCCACAAACACCACUGCUGCAGUGCCUACAGUGUCCCCAAAAGGUGGAUGUCCACCCCCUUGGAAAAAAUUUAACUCUAAGUGUUACAGCAUAAUUUUUAAGAAUCAGAAUUUAACGUGGCAAGAUGCAAGGGAAAAAUGCAAACAAAAAGGUGGACAAUUGGCAUCUAUUACUUCAAGACAGGUGGAAGUGUUUCUACUGUCUCAAAUGGUUGAUGCACCUACUACAGACUUGUGGAUUGGUUUAUUUCGGUCACAGUGGAAAACUUACUGGACUGAUGGACAACCAAAGUCAUAUACCAAUUUGGGUAAUAAUUAUUGGUAUUGGUACGAUCAAAUGAAAAACUGUUUUGUGAUCAAUACCAAGCCUUUGGUUGGUAUUGGGAAAUGGAUUCAAAAGUCAUGCAAUGACACCAAUGGAUUUAUCUGUCAUCGAAAUCUUGACACAUCUCACCCAGAUUCUCCAGAACCAACAAUUUCUACUAACUACAUCAAAAUACUCAAUGAUUCCAUUAAGGUUAUUCCUCAACAAAUGAAUUGGGAUAAAGCUGCAGAGUACUGUAAAAAUGACGAUGCCCUCCUAGCUAGCCUGAGGAAUGAGUGGAUGCAAGCUUAUGUUGAGCUCAUGGCGCUGAAUCUCAAGGCUCCUCUUUGGUUUGGAUUACACAAAGUGCAGAUCAAUGGUUCUUUCAGAUAUGUUGAUGGAUGGCAUUUAAUAUUCAGUCGAUGGGGUACAAAUGAACCAAGAAAGGACAGAAGCUGUGUAUACAUGGAUGUGGAUGGAAAAUGGAAAACCGCUCACUGUAAUGAGACACUAAUGAGUGUUUGCAUGAAGUCUACAGAUGUGCUGCCAACAGAGUCAACCAUUUUUCCAGGAGUUUGCCCUCAAGACCCAGAGGCAACAAUAGAAAACAAGAACUAUAUCUGGGUACCAUUCAGGGGUUAUUGUUAUAUUUUUAUUACAGAGCAAACACACUGGAGAGAAGCAUCCACCACCUGUGUAGCACAUGGUGGAAUGCUUGCCAGCAUUGAAGAUUCCUCUGAGCAAAAAUUUCUAGAAAUUAACCUGAGAACUUUUCAAGAUGGCUUCACAUCUUUCUGGAUUGGCCUGUUUAAAAAACAAUACAAAGAGGAAUGGCUCUGGGUGGACAGAACAGCCAUGGGUUACACUAACUGGGCUGAAGGUCAACCUUUUAAUAUGAGCUUUGGAUCGCGCACAGGAGAGAUUAGUACAUCAGAUGGGACAUGGAAGGAUAUCGAAAUAUGGAAUUAUAGACCUUACAUCUGCAAGACACCAAAAGUAUUACUACCAACGCCAUCACCACCAGCCCAAACUGGAUUACCUCAUCAUCAGCGUGUCUAUAUAACCACUGCAGUUGUGUUAGUCAUUACUGGGAUUGCAGUGGUGGCAGUCACUGCUGUCUUCAUCUUUAAGAAAUUUGGUCAUCAGUUACCCGCCCCUAACACCUUCGAUAACCCGCUCUUCUUCAGUAGUAGGGUGUCACAGCCUGAGCAAGCUGACACCAGUAUACUGGUAGAGAAUGCAGCAGAAGAGAACACUGGAGAUUUAAUCAGUAUGUAAUUUAAAUAUUUUGGGCUCAUUUGCAUGGCCCAUAUGAUUUCCUAGUAUGUUAUAAAAAUUUGAGCUGAGGUGGCAGCAAGUAGCACAUAAUGGCUUACUGGAAAAUAAAAGGUGAGAAUCAUCUCAUAUUAUCAUAUUCUGUGAAUGUAGGUUACACAAAUGCUGGCUUUUGUUAUUUCAGUUAUGGUUAGGAUAAAAGGUAGGGUAAAUGGAGUUUAAUGCAUGUCCUAGUCAACAAUCAUAUAUGCAUGCAGCAACCUGAAAUAUCAAGACAAAUCAGGAAGGAUCCAUGGUUUCAUGUUGCUGAAAUUAGAUUCUAACCAUACCAUCCAAAUUUCACAACAAGAGCUCAGACUCACCAGACCAGGCAACAUUUUUCUUCUAUUGUGCAAGCUGACAGGCUGCUGUAGUCCAUCUGCUUCAAGGCUUUACAUGUUAUACAUUCAGAAAUUAUUUGAGUUACUCUUGCCUUCCUGUCAAGUAGCAUCAUCAUUCUCCACUGACCUCUUACAUCAAUGAGGCAUUAUCAUCCACAGAACUGCAGCUCACUGGAUAUUUUCUCUUUUUCAGACCAUUCUCUAUAAAUCCUAGAGAUGGUUGUGUGGAAAAUUCCAGUAGAUCACCAGUUCUUAAAUAUUCAGACUAUAUACACUACCGGCCAAAAGUUUUAGAAUACCCCAAUUUUUCAAGUUCUUUAUUGCAAUUAAAUUUGUUCAAGUCCAAUAUAUAGCUUGAAAUGGUACAAAGGCAAGUAAUGAACUGCCAGAGGUUAGAAAAAAUGUAAGGUUAACCAAAACUGAAAAAUAAUAAACAUUUCAGAAUUAUACAAACAGGCUUUUUUCAACGAAGACAAAAUGAGUCAACAAUUUAAAGCUGUUCUGCAGCAAUGGAGGUUGACCCAGCCUUGAAAGCUACUACUAAUUCCUACAGGUGUUCCAACUUUUCUGCAUUACUUACAACCCUUUCUGUCUCAGUGUUGCAAUACACUGUGGUACCUACCAACUGAGCAUCGGUUGAACAGUAUUGUACUGCAGAAAGUAGUGUGUUGCUAAAGAAAAUGGCAAGAAAAAGGCAAUUAACAAUGGAAGAGAAACAGACCAUCAUAACACAUAAAAAUGUAAAUUUUCCUACAGAAAAUUGCAAAAAAAAAGUCAAAAUGUCAGUUAGUGGCUAUCCAUUUAACCAUUUGCACUUGCUUAUCCAGUUUAGGGUUGGGGGUGGUCUAGAGGCAAGGUACAACCUGGGCAGAUUAACAGUCUGUCCCACAGUAGUGGCUAUAGCUGUCAAAAAUGGUAUUGAGCAUUUUUCUGAGUUUCUGCAUCAACUUGUAAAUUCUAACAUUGUAACAUUUGGGAUUUUUGUAUGCUUUUGUAGCUUUGUUGUUUGCUGUGGACUUGCUCAACCUGCUGAAUUAAAGUUUUGUUCUGUUUAA